AGUCGCUGUUAUUUUCCAAACUCCUAACCUUUCCCUGAAUGUGGGUUUUAUUCACUUUCUUUCCUUCCUAGGUUGUGGUUUCUGCAAUGAACGAACCUCAAGCAGGCGGCUUGCAACUUGGCUUGGUUAGGGUGGAAGAGCUACCCUCAAGGAGCUGGAAGGUGGGGGCAUUGACUCUCUCCAGAGAUGCUAUUCUUGCCUUUCUUAUCAUAUUUGUCCCGUUCUUGGCUGCCCUUUGGACAUGGCGGAUUGAGGCAAGGAGCUUUUGCCACCUCAGCUACAUAGUAGCCAAGAAGAAUGGACGCAAGCUUGCGUCUUGCACGUACGUUUUGGCUGGAAUGGUCAUUUGCAUGGUGAUGUUGGGGCAGCUUUUUCCCAAGGUGCUGGAUUCUUCAGGUUCGCUUGCAUACUCGAAAGUAGAUGAUGGGUUGCUGCUGGGCAGCAUAAACAUUAGUGUGUUGGGGAACGGAACAGCUGUCCAAUCACCACAAGUGAAUUUGGGGUUGGCCGAGUCGUCAAAUGCAACCAGUACGGGAGAGGAGGGGCAGAAGGUGGGAGAAGCGAACAAUCCUGAGACGAUUACACAAGGGGCAGGGCAAGAACAGAAGAGCUUGGGAGGGGUUGUAAACCAGAUGGAAGAGGAGACAGGCAGUGGGCUUGGUCAUCAGGAUGGGGGCCCAAUUGACACCGUGGAUGAAGUUGGCAUAGUUUCUACCGUACAGUUCCGUCCCAAAAGAAAGGGGAGGAGGAGGAGGGACAAGAAAGUGGAGUGCAUCACCCUUCCAGUGAUAGAAAUUCCAAGGACUAUGCCCAGUAUUCAUAAGGAAGCUGAGAGAUUGCCCCCAGGAAUCAUUGCACAGACAAGCGAUCUCUUCAAGAGAAGACUAUGGGGUUCCCCUGAUGAUGAUCUCCCCAUGAAACCAAUCUAUUUGUUUGCUGUUGCAGUUGGUCUUGCACAAAUCGAGAUCGUAAAUAAGAUGGUAUCAAAGCUGUCCAACAGGUUCACUAUCAUGCUUUUUCAUUAUGAUGGUCAUGUAAAUGAUUGGGAGGCCUUGCAAUGGCCCAAAGAGGCCAUUCAUAUUGCUGCCACAAAACAAACAAAAUGGUUUGACUCUGAAAAUCACUGACCCAAAUUAUUUCAUUCCCCAGAAUCCGCACACUCUUUUUGUGUUUUUUCAAAAAAGUGUGGCCACUCUACUGA